CGCGAUAGAGAGUCGAGACGAUCGGCAAAUCGACGAAUCGCGCUGCAAUGUCCGCAGACGCAGCAACAGCAGACGGCGAACACUUUGUUGCUGAUCCAUUUGGGCGCCGUGGAAACGGCUGUGUGCUUGAUAUUGCUGAUCUUCACGAUCGGUUCGUGGUCAGUCGCCGGCACGUGGUGCGUUUUCCACGGAUUCCUCUUGGCCUUGCUGCAUCCAGUCGCUCUCUGGACCGUGACGGGAUUAAAUUGCGACAGGUAUUACGCGAUUGCUGCACCGCUGCAUUACGCCGCUUUGGUCUCGCCGCGUCGCGUGGCCGUCGGGUUGGCUGCUUCCUGGACGGGCGCUCUGCUUCUGUGCUUGCCGCCAUUCUCCGGUCUGGUGCCGCCUUAUAGAUAUAGCCCAGGGUUGGGUUGCUGCGCCCCGGAUUUCGGGAACGGCACUUGGGGAUCUGCCGCGGCGCUCUACGGCGCCGUUUACGCCAUUGUGGGCCUGGGGCUGCCGGCCGUCCUCGUGACGGUCUGCAAUUUACGCGUGCUAGGUAUAGCGCGGUACCAUCGGCAUCGUAUCGCCAGCGCGAUCUACGAAGUCACCCUGAGCGCCCAGGUGACCAUUACCCAUCAGCGUAAUCCGUUUUUUGUGCCAACCGUCACCGCACCCUCCGCCGGGGGACCGCCGCGUUUUCACAGCGCCGCCAGCACGGUGAUGCAACUGGUCGGCUCCCUGUACCUGCUCUACUUUCCUUACUGCGGAUUUAUCCUCUGGGAAGUUUGCAAUGCCGGUAAUCAGCAGCGUUUCCCCGCAUACCCUAAACUCGCCGCUUUGGCGUCGUUCCUCCUGGCGUGCUCGCCGCCCAUCAACGGCGUUCUUUAUGGCUUAAAAUCGCAAACUCUGCGACGAUCCGUACAAAACUAUUGGCGGAAGAAGGCGACCAAGUCCGAGUUGCAACAGGAGAUACAGGCAAGAACGCCGAGCGUCGCGGGCUCUAGGCGGCCUUCCGGCAACGGAAACGCUUCCUUCUUCCCGUUUCCGCCCUUACAACGUAGACUCAGCGAGGCGUUAUUGGCCCUCGGUUCAUGCAGAACCGGCAGUAACUUCGAAAGCAAUAAUCUCGGGUUUCAGCGCGGGAGGCUGCAGCCCACCGUGUCGUGCAAUACUCUUAGAGUGCCAACCGCCGAAUCAGAGGAGCCGAGAAAAUUGGUGAGGGCGAGCGCGAGUGCCGCCAGUCUGAUGGGCCCCAACUAUCGGAGCGACUUUAUCGGGACGGACUUGGGCGCGGGAUGUUCGAUAGCUUUAUGCGAGAACCCGAGGAAGAGUCCGAGGAUCCUCAUAACGCGCGCGUACAGCGAGGAGAGCCAGGACGGGAGCAGCCCGCUUCUAAGAAAAUCCCUCAAUUCCAAUAGUAACCCACCGCCGUGCGAAAAACGUCGAUGGCGGAACUGCAGUACCGGUAGCGACAGCAGCACGGGAAGCAGCGACGCGAGCGUCUGGACCACCAACGUGACCCCAAAAUCCGUCAAGGGUAACACAUCAAGAAACUCAAUGGACGGCUGGUCAUCACGACGAUAUGUACGCGGCAAGAAUUUGGAGGAAGGUCCGCUAUCGACCGCGAUCAGGCCGAACAACAAUAGCGAGAGCAGCGAUACCACGGAUACGACCACAGCCACGACAACAACCACCACCCUGCUCAAAUCUCUCGCCGUAGAAAAUGGCGAACCGAACGAGAAGGAAAAGGAAAGGGCGAACGGUAACAUAAAGAAGACAGAGUGUAGCGAAAGCGAAAGCAGUUGGAGCAGCGUAGAGGAGAUGGAGACUAAGGCGAUAACUGAGAGGAAUGACGAGGACGACGGUCUCGAAAGGUCGAGGGAGGAGUUGCGGAUGGGACUUCCGCAGCGAAAGUCAAAGAUCGACAACCGCGAGGUUGUCGAAGUUUCCGAGGACCGAGGCGAGGAGGCUGCGCAGCUGAGGCCUCUCCUGACUCCCUCCUCCUAAGCUUAUCCUCUUAAGUCUAAAUGUAUUUUCCUUUCGGGUAAUCCGUUCGUGUCUCGGACAAGAUGAGAUUCUACCGCGUGUACUUAAGCGACACCGCUAGAUAGAACGAAGUUUCGUAAUAGGAGAGAGAGAGCAUCUAAUCAUGACGUACUUAUUUCGCGAAUUUGCAAAAAUAUAAAGAGUUAAUCGGUCAAUUGUGACAGCUAUUUUAAUAACUUGUAUCUAUCGACACAAAAGCGAAGAGAGGAGAUAUUUGAGGAAUAACUCGUCCAAGCGUACAUUUUGUACCACAAAAUGUGUGAUCUCGAUCAUUUCUUAUACGUUCUAAUGAGAAACGUAAAAAAGUUUUUGAAGUAAACGAGAGCAUUCGGCGCAGCCUUUACACUCGACAUUAAUAUAUAUCGACAUAUCUUGAAAUUAUAUUUUUAUACUUUCACUCUGCAACAUUACGUAACGCAACGACGACGUGAAACCAUCCUUUACAACAAAGAGAAGAAGAACGAAACUAAUUAAUACACCACCGGCAAACCCGAUUUCGGAAAAUUCGCUCGCUCCCUUAACGCGCUGAACGAGAGAAGAAUUAAUUAUCGAUCGUUUUCGAUCAUUAUCGAUGAAAGUUUUGCGUCAGCGACAAAUUCGUCAUCCAUGAAACCGGUCCAAUCUACCUUUAAUUUAUUAAAGCAAGAAGAUUUCAUAGAAACUCGUGCAGGAGCGAAGAAAGAAUAACGGACGGAAGUCGGACACCCGAGAAAGUUCUUUUAACAGAAAGCGGUAAUAAAGAUCAAAUCAAAGAUUCGAGCUCCGAAAGAAUAUUCAACGUUCGCAUUAAAUUCAUAUAUCGGACGCAAAGUCAAAUUCUACGUAGAAAUAAAUCUCACUUUUGUAAAUGUCAAAUUUCGCUCAUUGUCAGUAUGUAGUUACGAUUUCGCAUUGACGUGAAUUUCAUGGCCCUUUUACUGGACUUUCUGACAUCUACGCGAAAAUAUAUAAAUGAUAUUAGAGUAAUUUAGAUAAGUCAAUAAUUAGUCGAUAGUGAUAAUAGUAGCCGUUGGAAUUGACACUCCAAAAAUUGCGUAGGGUAUAUAUGUGCGUACAAAAAUCUAUGUAAAAAAAUAUCUCGACAUUCUCUGGACGUUUAAUGGUGUUAUUUAUGAUACGGCAAGAAUGUUUUUCGUUUCGAUUUGUUGAGAAGCGCGCGAGAGUCGAUCCGUAUUCGCGUAUUUUAAUUACGAUUGAUACGGACUACGGUCUAGUCAUUCCAAUUGUAUACAGGAUGAAAAGAAAAUGACUCCUCGUGCAAAAAUAAGUUGAAACUGUAGAAAAGAAUUUUUUUAUAGCGAGCUUUCUUAUUCGAGAAAACUGAUUUUAUAAAUUGGAAAAUUAAUAGCAUAUUUAUUACGCUAUUUAUAUCACGUAUUUUUAUUAUGCUCUUUUUCAACUUGAAUAAUCACUAACUAAGAUCUUCAUCAUUAUCAUAAAUUAUGUGAUUUAUCUGGACAGCGGAUUUUAAGAUGUGUAUAAAACGAUACAUUAUCUCUAUUGCAAAAAAUAAAAUUUAUCUUGAUGCUUUAUAUACAUACACAACUUUUUUUCCCACAUACACGCACACAUACAUACAGU